ACUACCUAAAGUCACACAGACCCAGGACAGUGUAGGGAGAAGACACAGGACAGUGUAGGGAGAAGACACAGGACAGAUGUAUAUUAGAGUUGAGAUUAGAUGUAGAAGUUACUGUAUUUUAUCAGCAGUGUGUUAAGAUGUCAGAGGGAGUCUAUGAAAUCCCAGAUGGAUUUAAUGACGAUCAGCCUGAUGCAAUGAAGAACACAGACAUUGAUGGCCAAUUAUAUUCCAACCUAAGAGCCUUCAAGUCCAGUCCAAGAGAUGGAGUUGUUGCUUCAGUACCUGUGUCCACAGAGCCUGAUAGCUCAGGGAAGAGACCCUUCCUAGUUGCUGCAGUGUUUCUGGGGCUGCUGUGUGUUCUACUGGCUGGGAUCAUAGGCCUGUCUGUCUACUAUGAUGGGGUCUCUAAGAGCUUCUUAGCCUAUAAGACCAACUCAUCUGCAGAGAUAGAACAGCUACAGACCAGCUACAACAACCUGACUAAAGAGAGAGACCAGAUACAGACCAGUUACAGCACCCUGACUAAAGAGAGAGACCAGCUACAUACCAGUUACAACACCCUGACUAAAGAGAGAGACCAGCUACAGACCAGUUACAACACCAUGACUAAAGAGAGAGACCAGAUACAGACCAGUUACAGCACCCUGACUAAAGAGAGAGACAACCUACAGACCAGUUACAACACCAUCACUAAAGAGAGAGACCAGCUACAGACUGAGAGAGAUUUUCUUAACUGGAGGCUUACCAAUCUCAGCUGGCAGAAGUUUGAAUCCAGUUGGUACUUCCUGUCUACUGAGUCUAAAACCUGGAAGGAGAGCAGACAGGACUGUCUGAAGAGAGGAGCAGACCUGGUGAUCAUUGACAGUGAUAAGGAACAGACUUUUCUCUUCAACCUCAAGAAGAGAGUCUGGAUUGGUCUGACUGACUCUGUUAAGGAGGGGACCUGGAAAUGGGUGGACGGCACCCCACUGACCACAAGGUACUGGAAUGACAAGCAGCCUGAUAGUAAAGAUCCUACUGGGGAGGAGGACUGUGUUGAGAUACAUACAGAUUGGACUCCACUUAAGGCAUGGAAUGACAUGUCAUGUGACAGGAAACUCAACUGGAUUUGUGAGAAAGUGUUUUAACAUCACCAUGACAACGUACUAUAACACAUACAGCAGUUUAUAGUGUACACAACUUUAUUCUUCAUUCUCUCUCUCUCUCUCACACACACACACACACACACACACUCUCUCUCUCUCUCUAUCACACUUACACACAUUUUCACACACACACGCACACACACAUACAUGCAGGUACACACACGCAUUCAAAUGCACCUAUUGUUUUAUUAGUUUGUUGUAUCAUAUUAAUAAAAGUCCUACUUAUUU